GUAAUAAUUCCAAUCAAGUCACACAGUUAGAAAUGAAAGUAAACAGUCAGACAGACUACAGCAAGAGAGCAGGAGGAAAAAGAUCCAGCAGUCCUGGUGACUCGUUUUGUUGCAACAUGGACGAGAUGACUUCAAGAAGAAUUGUCCUGCUGGGAAAAACUGGAGCUGGAAAAAGCAGUCUGGGAAACACCCUACUGGGAGAGGAUGUGUUCAAAAUAAGCCAUUCUGCCGUCUCUGAAACAAGUCUUUCUCAUGCAGAAACCAAAUCUGUCAAUGGGAAAAGCAUCAGGUUGAUCGACACUCACAGUUUUUUUGACACGAGUGGGUCCGAGACGAUGCUCAAGGCUGAGAUAGUGAGGUGUAUCACAGAGAGCGCUCCUGGGGCUCACGCGUUUCUCAUUGUGCUUAAAGUGGAGAGAUUCACAGAGCAGGAGAAGGACGUCAUCAAAAAAAUAUGCCAAUAUUUUUCAGAGGAAGCCUUAGAAUACGCCACCGUUGUCUUCACACAUGGGGACCAGCUCCCUGAAGAGAUGAAGAUUGAGGAGUUUGUCAGUCAGAAUGUAGAGCUGAGUGAUCUGGUGAAGAAGUGCGGAGGCAGGUGCCACGUUGUGGAUAACAAGUACUGGACGAGCAGCGGAGAGGACGACUACAGAAGUAACCAGUUCCAGGUGGCAGAGCUGCUCAACACCAUCGAGAAGAUGGUGGAGGCAAACAAAGGAUGCUGCUACACUAAUGAGAUGCUACAAGCAGUGAACAGUGAAAUACAGAGAGAGGAAGAGCGCAUUACACAGUCAUCAUCAGCAGGCAACAUGUCACAAGCAGAAAUUAGAGAUAAAGCUACAAUUUAUGUUUUUGACAGGUUAUUGAUCAGAUUGGCAGGAACUGCAACCGGGGCAUUGUUAGGAGCUUUUCUGGGCGUGGCAGGGAUGGUUGCAGCAACUGUUAGAAAUGUUCAGGAUCUUUCAGCCCUGGUGACAACAAACAGAAGAAUGUUAGCAACUGUAGCUCUGCGGGGGGUAACGGAGGGGGGUCAGAUAGGAUAUGAUGCAGCUGAAGGAGCAGAAACUGUGAGGGAAGCCAUAGACAAGACAGUGAAGGCUGUCUGGAAGCCAUCUGGGGUUGCAAAUGAUCAAAACAAAAAAAUAGAGCAUUGACAAUACAAAGAGUGGAGCAGAAGAUUGCUGUUUGUUAUGUGAUUAACUAUAGGGAACAAUGGGCUACUUGUUUUAUGGACGUGUGAAAUUAUUAGUUAAAAACCAGGAUUUUGAGAUCAAGCCGUACCGCAGGUCCUUCAUCCCGGCCUCUGUCAGACUCUACAACACCUGCACUACCUGAUAAUGUUGGAGUUUCUGUUCCUGU